CGUCACUUCCGGUAUAAACACAUUUGGCGCGGGUCUUGCCUGGGCAUGACUUCCAUCGAAACCUGGUCGAUCCGCUGAUCUAUCUCCCGCGCAAUCUUCCUUCUGUAUCUAAGAAUCUGUGUGAGCUGUUAUAACAUAAAGACAGUAUAGUACUAUAAACCAUGGCAGCCGCCCCGCAGUGGUCGUACGAGCGAGCCUGGGGAGAUGAGGAAGAGGAUGGGGAACAGGAGGAAGCACAGCCGCGGUGGUCCAGUCUGAGAGACAGCCUGAUCUUCCUGAUCGACUGCUCAGCCUCCAUGUUUCAAGAGGAGGGAGAGGAGGACUCCGCCUUCCACAAGUGUGUCAAGUGUGUUCACAGUGCUAUGAGGAACAAGAUCAUCUCCAAUGACAGGGACCUGGUUGGAGUGGUCUUCUUUGCUACAAACAAACACAAAAACCCGAGUGACUUCAAGCAUGUCUACAUAUUCCAGGACCUGGAUGUUCCCGGAGCUCAGAUGAUUCUGGAGCUGGAAGAGAUUUUUGAAGAGGAUGGGGUGGAGAGGUUUGAGGAGGAGUUUGGACACAGCACAGAUUUCUCCAUGAGUGAGGUGCUGUGGAACUGCUCCAACAUGUUCUCUACCUGCACACAGAAGCUUGGGCACAAGAGGCUCCUCCUCUUCACAAACAACGAUGAUCCUCAUGCCGGCAACAUCAACCUGCAGCGUCAAGCCAAGACCAAAGCCAAGGACUUGGAAGGACUUGGAAUCAACACUGAGCUUCUUCACAUGAACAAGCCUGGAGGAGAACCCUUCGAUAUCACCAAGUUUUACCAGGACAUCAUUGUGAUCCCAGAAGAUGAGGAUGUCACAUGUCUCCCUGAUCCCGCUGCCAAGUUUGAAGAGCUCCUGGAAAGGGUUCGUUACAAGGAACACAAGAAGAGGACCCUAGCCAGAGUUCCACUCAGUCUGGGAGAGGGGCUGGAGUUUGGAGUGGGCAUAUAUACCCAGGUCCGAGAAACGUACAAGGGGAGGAAAGUCAAGCUGGAUGCCAGAACCAAUCAAGAGGUCCGAACCAUCACCAAGACGGUGGACUCUGAGACCGGAAAGUUCCUAAUGCCCAGUGAUAUAAAGAAGGUGCAGACGUGGGGAGGGCGUGACAUUGCUUUUGAGAAUGACGAGAUUGUGGAGAUGAAGGUGUUUGACAAGCCAGGUCUGGUGCUGAUGGGGUUCAAACCCCGCACCAGUCUGAAGCCGUACUUCCACAUCAGGCCUGCACAGUUCCUGUUCCCUGACGAGUCGGUCAUAUCGGGCAGCACACGGCUGUUCUCGGCGCUGCUUCAGCGCUGCUUGGCGCGGGACGUGGUCCCCAUCUGCAGGUACAUCCCGCGGAAAAACUCGCCUCCGAAAUUUGUUGCCUUGCUUCCACAGAAGGAAGAAUUUGAUGAUAACAACAUGCAGUCCACCCCAGCUGGCUUCCACGUCGUCUUCCUGCCAUUUGCUGACGACCUGCGGAAGCUUAACUUUGAAGAUACACCUAGAGCUAAGCAGGACCAGGUAGACAAGGCUAAAGAGAUCAUCAACAAGCUCAAGUUCAAGUAUGAUCCAAUGAGCUUUGAAAACCCAGUGAUCCAGCAGCACUACAGGAACCUGGAGGCACUGGCCCUGGACAGAGAUGCACCAGAAGAGGUGUACGACUUCACACAACCAGACAAGGAGAGGAUUGACCGUCGAGCAGGCCCGCUGAUCGACGAGUUUAAGGACAUCGUGUUCCCUGACGGCUACACACCGGGGGCCAAACCCAAGAGAAAGACUGCCGCAGCUACAGCAGCAGAGCAGGUCACAGAGGCAGAUAUCAAGAGAAUGGCGCAGGCUGGAACACUUGGAAAGUUGACAGUUCCUGUGCUGAAGGAGUUCUGUAAGCAGUCAGGGGUCAAGGUUACCGGCAACAAGAAACAGGACGUCAUCGAUGCCAUCACAGAACACUUUCAAAUAGAGUAGCCGUACACGCAUAUUAUUUACAUCUGUACUUAUUAUCGAUUAUGUACGGUCAAAACUGUCCAAGAAGGCGACUCCGAGGACCGAAAAAAUCUGGUGAUUUAUUUUAACUAUAGACAGGAUUCUUAAUGCUUGUGCCAAUGGGAAAAAUUAUCGUUGGGAACCAGCAAAAAAGCAUUCACAUUGGUUAUUUGGUCCUUUUAUAGAGGUGGUCACUUGUACAGGUUUGACAGUAUUGUUGAAGAAUAUGAUGGCUGUCAUACAUAUACAAUGUAUUCUUGAGCACUUUGUAAGAAAUGAGAACUUUUCACUACCAUUUACCAGAAUUAGAUAGUGGAAAAAUCACUGACGAAAAUUAAGUACAGAAAGGUUGUGAAAUGUGCCAUCUGAUGGUAUCAAGCAAAGGGAUAGACUUUAAGUUAUCUUGAACAGCAUUAACAGAUUACACCUAUUAGCACAUAGAAGGGACCAUACUGCUGAGAACAGAGUGGUGCAAUGUUCAGUUGGAUAAGACAUGAACGUACCAUUAUUUGUUUAUGAGCAACUGUGUCUGUAUUCCAGGGUCAGAACCAUGUUAAGAUAUCUUGUGAACAUUGAUUCCAUUUGAAUGCAUCAGUGGGGAAAAAACAGAUGAACUUGAUGUGAGGUGUUUCGUGAUCCUUUGUAGUUGUGCAUUUUUAGUUUUGAUACUUGGCAACUGUAACAUGUACUCAGUAAAACUGAAAAGAUUGUAAACCUAUUUGUUUCAGGAUUAGACAGAGUUUGUACUUGUAAAAUGUCGUCACUGGCUAAAGGUCACCAGCACAUCUUUUGUGCAACUGUCCUGUCAAUAAACAUUCCAGUCUUGCA